UAGAGGGCGUGUUUACCGACGACCGUAAUGGCCGACCACGUGUGCUAAAACGUGAGUAUAGCUUAAUAUUAGUUGUUAUUCGUAAAGAAGAAGGAUACAGAUCUUAAGAAUGUCGGAGACGAAGCAAGAAAACAAGCCACAUCGUGUGGCACAUAGUGGGAGGAAAGCUGAAAAGAAAAAAGCAAAGAAUCCCCACGUUCAAGACAUGACUGCACAGCAACGAAAUCCCAAAGCUUUUGCCAUUCAGUCUGUUGAUAAAGCAGCAAGGAAAUUUAGAAGAAAAAUGGAUAUUCAGGAGAAAAAACAUCAUAUACCACUAGUCGAUCGAACACCUUUGGAACCACCUCCAAUUAUAGUUGCUAUCGUUGGUCCACCAAAAGUUGGUAAAACUACACUUAUGAAAUGUUUAGUAAAGAAUUUCACUCGUCAAACUUUAACAAACAUCAGAGGCCCUGUAACGGUAGUAUCAGGAAAGAAAAGAAGAUUGACAUUGAUUGAAUGUAAUAAUGAUAUCAAUAACAUGAUUGACAUUGCUAAAAUUGCAGAUUUGGCAUUAUUGCUUGUGGAUGCAAGUUUUGGAUUUGAAAUGGAAACUUUCGAAUUCCUUAACAUAUGCCAAGUUCAUGGUUUUCCAAGAAUUAUGGGUGUACUGACGCAUUUAGAUGUUUUCAAGAAUGCAAAAGCAUUAAGAAAAACAAAGAAACAAAUGAAACACAGGUUUUGGACCGAAAUCUAUCAAGGUGCAAAACUGUUUUAUUUGUCGGGUAUGAUUCGAGAAGAAUACUUGAAAACUGAAGUUCAUAAUUUGGGAAGAUUUAUCUCUGUUAUGAAAUUUAGACCGCUGCAGUGGCAGACAUCUCAUCCGUACGUUCUUGUCGAUAGAAUGGAAGAUUUGACUAAUUUGGAUGUUGUUCGAAAAAAUCCUGUUGUAGACCGCCGUGUUUGCCUGUAUGGAUAUACCAGAGGAGCACCUUUAAGAAAUAAGAGUCAAGUACAUAUUCCAGGUUGUGGUGAUUACUUAAUUAAAGAAGUAAGUUUAUUGCCUGAUCCUUGUCCUCUACCCGAUAAAGAAAAACGUCGAUCUUUAAAUGAGAAGGAACGUUUAAUAUAUGCUCCGUUAUCAGGAAUUGGUGGAAUAGUUUAUGAUAAAGAUGCUGUUUAUAUUGAACUAGGUGGAAGUCAUUCCCAUACACAAAUAAAAUCACAACAACCAUCUCAAGAUUUAGUAAAAAUAUUAGUUGACACUGAACAUUCUAUAGACAGUAAAAUGGCUGCCAGUGAAUUCAGUUUAUUUAGCAAUACUAAACCAUUAACAGAAGAAGAAAUGGAUGAUUUUCUUAAUGAAGAGUCUAAUUGCAAAAAUACAGAAUCAACUGAAAAUAAUAGAGAAACAGAUAACAAAAUAAAUGAAGAACAUACAGAAAUUCAGACAAAUGAUGAUGGUGACGAUUCCGAAGAUGAAUCUGAGAAUGAAUCAUUUAUGAAAGAGAAAUCAAUAGGUGAUGUGGUUAUCAAUAAGAACACUUCUGAAAAAUAUGCUUUUGCUGACAGUGAUGAUGAUCUACAAUGGGAUAAAGAUGAUAUACAAAACAAUGAUGUUAGAUCAAAACAGAAAAAAGUAACUUUUGAAGAUGAUGACGAUGAUGAUGAUGAAGAGGAGGGAUGCUUGAAAUGGAAGGAAAAUCUGGUCCAGAAAGCAGCUGAUACAUUUUAUGAACGCCAGAAAGAUACUAGAAAUCUGCAUAAACUUGUUUAUGAAAAUGAUCUCUACCAAGAUGAUGGUGAUGGAGAUGAUGAUGAUGAUGAUGAUUAUGAUGAUAUUUUGAAAGAAGUGAAAAAUGAUAAAAUGAAAUCAUUUUUAAAUGGUAGUGAUUGUUCGAAAUUUCAAAUUCCAGUAAUGCGAGAUUGGCAAGAUGAAAGUGUAAGUGAUUUCAUUAAAGAUUGUUUUAGUGUUGGUAAACUGGGAUCAGAGGAUGAUAUGAUUGCAUCAUCUGAGAAAGAUGAUGAAUUGUUUGGUGAUUUUGAAGAUCUUGAAAUGGAAGAUACCGACAAUAAUAAAAAAGAUGAAAGUGAUGAUAGUGAAGGUGAAGAAGAGAAUGAAGAUAAAAAGGAAACAAAAACACCAGAAGAAAAACGAAUGGAAAGGAAACGCAAAUUGAAAGAAUUAUUUGACUCAGAAUAUGAUAACAAAGAUGGAAAAUCGUAUUAUGAUACUCUCAAAGAAGAAUUGGAUCAGCAAGCAAAAUUGAACAAAACUGAAUUCGAUAACAUGACUGACAAUCUGAGAGUACAGUAUGAAGGUUAUCGACCAGGAAUGUACAUCAGAAUAGAAUUAGAUAACAUGCCCUGUGAAUUUGUCACUCAUUUUGAUCCAACUUAUCCAGUAAUUAUAGGAGGAUUAUUAAAAGGAGAAGAUUCUAUGGGAUAUGUACAAGUUCGUUUAAAGAAGCAUCGUUGGUAUUCAAAAAUUUUGAAGACUCGUGAUCCUCUAAUCAUAUCAUUAGGUUGGCGCAGAUUUCAAGUUAUGCCACUUUACUCCAUUCAGGAUCAUAAUGCAAGGUAUAGGUUAUUGAAAUACACUCCUCAGCAUCUUCAUUGUUUUGCUUCAUUCUGGGGUCCAAUAACACCCCAAAAUACUGGUCUUAUUGCCGUCCAGUCAGUUUGUGAUAUUAAACCAGGUUUCCGAAUAGCUGCUACUGGUGUUGUGUUAGGAUUGGAUAAAUCAGUAGAAAUAGUGAAAAAGUUGAAACUUUGUGGAUAUCCGUUUAAAAUAUAUCGAAAAACAGCAUUUAUCAAAGACAUGUUUCAUAGUACUUUGGAGGUAGCAAAAUUUGAAGGUGCAGCAAUUAGAACAGUCAGCGGGAUACGUGGACAAAUUAAAAAAGCCAUUCGUUCACCAGAAGGUGGCUUUCGUGCAUCAUUUGAAGAUAAAAUAUUGUUAAGUGAUAUUGUAUUUUUACGUACAUGGUAUACUGUUACAAUUCCGAAAUUUUAUGCAGUUGUGACAUCGUUAUUACUACCACCCGAACAAAAAGCCAAAUGGCAAGGAAUGAGGACAGUUGGACAGUUACGUUACGAAAGAGGUCUUCAUGCAAAAGUUUCUCAAGAUUCUCUCUACACUCCUGUCGAAAGGAAAAAGAGAUAUUUUGCUCCUUUAACUAUUCCUCGUGACUUACAGAAAGAAUUACCAUACAGAGAUAAACCUAAACUGGAACCCACAAAGAAAACUCCAAGCAUACAAAGUAAGAGAGUGGCAGUUAUAUUGGAACCACAUGAAAGGGAAGUUGCUAAUUUAAUGAAAACAAUGUCUGCUGUUCAUAAUGAGAAGAUAAAAAGAGAGAGAAUUAAUAUGUGGUUAAGAGUAAAGGCACACAAGAAAGAAAAAAGAAAAUUAGAAGCAAAACAACAACAAAAUCAAAGACAAUUGAAAAAAAGAAUUUUUCGUAUUUUGGGAAAAAUUAAGAAUAAGAAAUAG